CCUGUUUUAAAUAAGUUCGUGUAGACAAUGACAAAAUAGCCUCCUGGCGGACUGUGGGUUUGUAAAUACAACCUUGAAAGUUUUGCCUGUUGUGGUUAUUUGCUUAUGCAUAUUUAUUAACCUGUUAACUCUUUGGCUAGUCAGAAAAUUGACAUUUAAAAUAAUCUUUAAGGCACAUUACAAGUUCGCUGUUGCGUUAGGGCAUCGUGUUAUUUAUCAGCUUACUUAGCAUCUGUCUCUCCCGAGUGGUACCAAAGCCAGUCCCUUGGCGAUGGGUCUUGUAUGUGACACUCUUGCCCUCUAGUGCCUCACCAGCUUGGUAGCAGUUUGAUGGCUAAUAUUAAUAAGGUGUUACAUAACACGAGAGUACUGGGCCAGGACUGGUACUGCUGCCACUUGUAAAGCCAAAAAGCCUGAGUCGAUGGUAGCGGACACUGCUGUUUCCGAUUCUUUACUGUUAAAACUUUCUCAGGCGUUUUCAACUCUUGGAACUUUAAUUCCAGGCUAUAUUUUCUGUGAGUCCUGCUCAAGUGAUACGAGUGUGCUGCAAUGGUGACAUAAAGUCUUGACUGAGACUGGGAAAGCAGCUGAAACACCAUCUUUUCCUCUGUUCUUUUCUUUUUUUUAUGGUGCUUUGAUUGGGAACAGUCUGAGCAGGUAUAUACAACAUGAGUUUUAUCAUGAAGCUUCACAGACAUUUUCAAAGGACAGUUAUUCUGCUUGCUACUUUUUGUAUGGUGAGCAUUAUUAUUUCUGCUUACUACCUGUAUAGUGGCUACAAACAGGACAACGAACUCUCUGAGAUGGCUACCGAAGUGAACUGUGGGGACCUCCAACACCUGCCGUACAAGCUAAUGGAAGUGAAGACCAUGAAGCCUUUUGAUGCCUCAAGGACAGACCCCAUAGUCCUGGUGUUUGUGGAGAGCCAGUACUCAUCCCUCGGUCAAGACAUCAUUAUGAUUCUGGAAUCAAGUAGAUUCCAGUAUCACAUUGAAAUUGCUCCUGGAAAGGGGGAUAUCCCCGCACUUAUAGACAAAACUAAAGGCAAAUAUGUUCUCAUUAUUUAUGAGAAUAUUUUAAAGUAUAUAAAUAUGGACUCUUGGAAUAGAAGUCUUUUAGAUAAAUACUGUAUAGAAUAUGGUGUGGGUGUCAUAGGAUUCUAUAAAACCAGUGAGAAGAGCCUGCAGAACUUUCAGUUAAAAGGUUUCCCUUUUUCCAUAUAUGGAAACCUUGCCGUAAAAGAUUGUUGCAUUAAUUCUCAUUCUCCACUGCUUCAUGUGACCAAAUCUUCUAAGCUUGAAAAAGGUCCUUUGCCUGGAACUGACUGGACACUUUUUCAGAUCAAUCACUCAGCCUACCAACCAGUAAUAUUCGCCAAAGUAAAGACCCCAGAAAACCUUUCUCCUCCCAUCUCUAAAGGUGCUUUUUAUGCCACUGUCAUACAUGACCUGGGGCUUCAUGAUGGAAUUCAAAGAGUUCUUUUUGGCAACAACUUGAACUUCUGGUUGCACAAACUCAUCUUCAUAGAUGCUGUCUCCUUCUUGUCAGGGAAGAGGCUGACGUUGUCCUUGGAUAGGUACGUUCUUGUGGACAUUGAUGAUAUCUUUGUGGGAAAGGAAGGAACAAGAAUGAACACCAAUGAUGUGAAGGCCCUGCUUGAUACACAGAAUCUUUUGCGUACGCAAAUCACAAAUUUUACAUUCAACCUGGGAUUUUCGGGGAAAUUUUACCAUACAGGAACUGAAGAGGAAGAUGAAGGGGAUGACUGUCUGUUGGGGUCUGUCGAUGAGUUUUGGUGGUUUCCUCAUAUGUGGAGCCAUAUGCAGCCCCACCUCUUCCAUAAUGAGUCAUCAUUGGUGGAACAGAUGAUUCUCAACAAAAAAUUUGCCUUAGAGCACGGCAUUCCUACUGACAUGGGCUACGCGGUGGCCCCACACCACUCGGGUGUCUACCCUGUACACGUUCAGCUUUAUGAAGCCUGGAAGAAGGUUUGGAAUAUCAAAAUCACCAGCACUGAAGAGUAUCCACAUCUAAAACCAGCUCGAUACCGGAGGGGCUUCAUCCACAAAAACAUCAUGGUUCUCCCAAGACAAACGUGUGGGCUUUUCACUCACACGAUUUUCUACAAAGAAUAUCCAGGAGGUCCUAAAGAGCUGGAUAAGAGUAUCCAAGGAGGUGAACUUUUCUUCACUGUGGUCCUCAACCCAAUCAGCAUUUUCAUGACCCAUUUGUCCAACUAUGGGAAUGACCGACUGGGCUUAUACACAUUUGUUAAUCUGGCCAACUUCGUGCAGAGCUGGACCAACCUGCGACUUCAGACUCUGCCUCCACUGCAGCUCGCUCACAAAUAUUUUGAGCUCUUCCCUGAACAGAAAGACCCUCUCUGGCAGAAUCCUUGUGAUGACAAACGCCACAGAGAUAUUUGGUCUAAAGAAAAAACCUGUGAUCGCUUACCAAAAUUCUUGGUAAUAGGACCCCAGAAAACUGGUACCACAGCUUUGUAUUUGUUCCUGGUUAUGCAUCCUUCCAUCCUUAGUAACUCCCCCAGCCCAAAAACCUUUGAGGAGGUACAGUUCUUUAAUAGAAAUAACUACCACAGGGGGAUUGAUUGGUAUAUGGAUUUCUUCCCAGUCCCGUCUAAUGUCACCACUGACUUUCUGUUUGAGAAGAGUGCCAAUUACUUCCACUCAGAGGAAGCUCCUAAAAGAGCCGCUUCUCUGGUCCCCAAAGCCAAGAUCAUCACCAUUCUCAUUGAUCCAUCAGACCGAGCAUACUCCUGGUACCAGCAUCAGCGAUCGCAUGAAGACCCUGCAGCUCUGAAGUUUAGCUUCUACGAAGUAAUCUCAGCUGGUCCCGGUGCACCCUCCGAGCUUAGAGCCUUGCAGAAGAGAUGUUUGGUCCCCGGGUGGUAUGCCAGCCACAUCGAGAGAUGGCUUGUUUAUUUCCCCCCCUUUCAGUUGCUAAUUGUCGAUGGGCAGCAGCUAAGAACCGAUCCAGCUACAGUGAUGGAUGAAGUACAGAAGUUUCUAGGAGUGUCUCCUCAUUAUAAUUACUCUGAAGCUUUAACGUUUGAUUCUCAUAAAGGUUUCUGGUGUCAGUUACUAGAAGAAGGUAAAACAAAAUGCCUUGGGAAGAGCAAAGGAAGAAAAUACCCUCCAAUGGAUUCUGAUAGCAGAGCAUUUCUGUCGAGCUAUUAUCGAGAUCGUAAUGUGGAGCUCUCCAAGCUGCUGCACAAGCUGGGGCAGCCUCUGCCGUCCUGGCUGAGACAGGAGCUGCAGAAAGUGAGAUAGCACUCAGAGAAAACGUCCUGAGGAUUCAUCUUCCAUGACACACUCACCUUUUCCAAAGCUUCCAGAAGCUACCAAAUGGCUGUUGAAAAAUAUACCUCUUCAAAUGAGAAAAAAGAACAAAGUUCCUUCCAUGUGCUGGCAUGUGGAUGGUAAAAAAAAGAAAGAAAAGGAAAGAUCUAUGACAAGCCUUGAGGCCUAUGGCCUUUCUCUUAGCCCAUAUCUGAGCCUGUGGAAUAUUGUAGACUACUGUGCACUCAUGUGGAAGUCAAUAAUAGCAACAACGUAAAUAUCAAAUGCAAACCCAGAACUGUUUCAUUUCAUAGUGAUAUUUACACUUUAUAUGUCAAUUAAAUUGUGUCUCUGUAGAUUUUUUAGGCCACCGUUUGCCUGUACAAUGUUUGGUUAUUUUUUUGACUUUAUAAAGUGACCCACAAAACAAGAAGUAAACUAGACAUCACAAUGUAGCAUAAAAUGCCAAAAGCAUAACACCCUAAAAAAUGUUUGCCAAAACUCAAAUCCACUAAAGUAUUGAGAAAGAUUUGUAAAUUACAAUUUGUGCUAGAACAGAGAGUGGAAAAGUUGAGUUCUAUCUGCAUUCAAAAACAAAAAGUGCUAUAGCAAAAAAAAAAAAAAAGGUGAUUUAUCAGAUUACAUAAUCUGGUGCAUUUACAUGAAAAUUAUUAAUUUCUCUAUCAUAGCAUAAUUGUUACACUAAAAUAUAUAUCGUAGAGUUGUUGGAUGGUAAUAGAAACACAGUGAAUAUACUAAAACAGUAAAUAAUAAAUUAUACUGACUAAAUCCUCUAGAAGGGAGAAAUCAUAAGGGUCUAAAGAUAUAUCCAGGAGCCCUGGUGGUGCAGUGGUUAAAGCACUCAGCUGCUAACCAAAGGGUUAGUGGUUCAAACCCCCAGCAGCUCCAAGGGAGAAAGAUGUGGCAGUCUGCUCCCAUAAAGAUUACAGCCUUCAAAACCCUAUGGGGGAGUUCUACUCUGUCUUAUAGGGUUGCUAUGAGUUGGAAUCAACUCGAUGGCAACAGGUUUGAAAGACAUCACUGACAACCCUGUCCACUUACUGAGAGUUACAAAUCUAUUUCAAUAAUCCUCACUAAUUCUACAGAAAUGCAUGUAUAGAAUCUGAGGUAUGUGUCAUCUCCAAAAACAGAUUGACUUUUAAAUAUGAAUAGCUUUUUUUUUUUUAAUGUUCCCCAGGCAAAAUCUAUUAAAUGAAAACUAAAGAUGGUUUGCCUAGAUGAUGUAUUUAGGCUAUUUACAUUCAAAUUAUAGAAAAACUACAUUUUUUUCCAGGUAGUUCAAAAUGAAACUGUGUAAUGUAGAGAUUUAUAACAAAAAAUUAAUAUAUGAUUCAUAAUCUGAUAUUUGCAAUGAUACUUUUGCUACAAGGCAGAAAAAAGGAAGCAGGUAGAGUCCCAUUUUUGGAAUAUUUCAUAAAUCACUCUCAUGGAAGAUGACAGAACAUAGUUAAAUUUAUGGAACACCAACAAAAUUAAAUGCAGGAAAUAAAAGGUGAGCAAGGCAUGGUUGCUGAAAUACAUUUAUAAUUAAAUUUUAAAUGACAUCGAUAACUAAUAAAGUAUUCAAAAAAGAAUAGGCAUUUUUAUUUUCCAGUGUUAAUAUUUACUUAAUCUUUUAUGUGUACUGUACACGUAAAUAAAAUUUUAGCAAAUAAAUGUACUGCUGUGCUUAGACAAGUCUGUGUAAAAUGUUAUAAAAAGAAAAAACUAAGAUAUACAAGGAAAAUCUAUAGCCCAAUACUAUCAUUUUCAUUAUAAAGUACAAAACUAAACUCUAUCAAUUAUUCACUAAUUGUGAGAUCCUUCCAGUUGCUAUAAUUUUUUAAACUUUUAUAAUUAUUAAUGAAAUUCAUUUUGAAAGUUUAAUGUACCCAAAGGAUACAGUAAUUUCUAAACAAGUAGCAGAAAGAAUUGGAGAAAGAACCAGUUGUUAAGACUUCUGUUAUAAAAGCAAAACAAACGUUAUUUGGAUAAAUAUGAUAAACUCAGUCUUCAUGCUUACAGCUGCCUCUUUUGAAGAAGCUCUUGCCCAACAUGCUAAGGAAAAUGAGCAUAGUCUUUUAUCUCCACUAAUUUAAUUUAAGGAAAUUGGCUUAAGAGGGUCAAACAGUAAGAAUAGGCCCCAGCAGUUGCAUACAGUGUCAUGCUGUCAUUUUGAUAACAACAUUAUUACUGCUAAAAGAAAACAUACAUUUAUGUUUUAAUGGUGAGAUGUGCAUUUAAACUUACAAAUAAAGCAGCUUAAUGGUAUGAUUUUAUUUAGGUAAACUGAGUCAAAUGAACUGCUCACCCUUUAAAGCAGAUACAAAAAUUUAGAUGCUUAUAUAGUGGAUGCUUGUAUAAUGAAGGAAACCCUGGUGGUGUAGUGGUUAAGGGCUACGACUGCUAACCAAAAGGUCUGCAGUUCAAAUCCACCAGGCACUCCUUGGAAACUUUAUGGGGCAGUUCUAUUCUGUCCUAUAGGGUCGCUGUGGGUCAGAAUCGACUCGACGGCAAUGGGUUUGGUUUUUGGUUUUGCAUAAUGAAAGGAGAAAAAGCAAAAGACCAUACAAAAAUUUAGUCUCUUACAAAUACAUGUAUUAUGCUGCCUGGAACAGCAAACCUUUGAAAGGGUUUUUGACCACUCAAUGUGUGUUAGAGGCAGCACCAAAUUCUAGAAGACAUGCAUACUUUCUACCUUGUCUACUCCCGCUGGUUAUUAUGCUAUUCUGAAGGUAACAUAAAUACAGAUGAGGAAAGAAUGAGAGAUGAUGUAAUUUAAAACUAACAUUGUAUGGAAUCCCCCUUUUCAUUGUUUAAAAUAUGAAACUUCCUCAGGAAGAAAUGAAAUGGUUUUUUCAAUGUUUAUAGCUGUAAUAUUCUUGUCAUUCACAUUGAAUGAAAAUUACUGGAAACAUUUUUUUCUCUGAGUUUUUUAAAAUAAAAAACCUGGGUAUACUUCUGGUAGUAGCAUGGUACCUCAUAUGGACAACAAUAAACUCUAGCAAGAAAAUGAAGAGUUUGAGCCUGGUGAUUUUCAGUAUUAAGUAGGUAUUUGGUUGAUUGUAUUUGCCUGGGGCAGAGGGAGGUGAUUAUUAGAACUAAUGUAAUUCAACAUAGAGGUAUGGAAAGCUUCCAGUAAGAAAUUUUUUUUUUUUUUUUUUUAAUAACAUAACCUUUCACAGAUCCUUUUCCUCCUAAAUUCAGGGGCUGCGUUUGUGUUUUGUUUUAAGUUCUAAUAGCUGUAAAGCAGCUCCUAGGUCACUCAUCGGAUCCUAGAAUAAGAGAACAAGAGAACCUACCGCUGGUACCUAACAGACAUGAGGACCUGAAUUAAUAUAGCAUUUCUUACUCCCAGUGCUCUGCUUUUCUCCUCAUAAAUGGGCACUUAUCUUUCCUUAGAGAUUUAAAGGGUGUUAAUUAGUGUCUCUUUUACAAAAUGUAGACAUUGGAUGACCUUAUGCUGCAACCCCCCACUGUCGUGGUGCACUGAUGGGAUUCCCCUUCGGUUUGCCACACACACACACAUGGUGCUCCAAUCUGCAACACAUGAUUCCCAACUUUCUAACCAAAUAUGCCCUAUUUCUAACCAAAUAGGUCCAUCUAAGGAGGUAUAGUGGUGCAGUGGUUAAGAACGUGACUGCUAACUCAAAGAUUGGUGUUUAUUCCAGGACCAAUUGGUAACUGGUUAAUCUGAAGCCAUCCCAUCAAUGUUAGUGGCUUAUAAUAGUUUAUCUUUUCUAGAGAUAACGCACUGCAGUUUCCCUGAGAUACAUUUUAGCCCCAAGGAAUGAUUCACUAAUAAGGAACCACUGAACUGGCCAAAUAUUUUAGUGUGAAGGUGCUUCUCUAAUUUCAAAUUAACGUCUAUAGCUGAUUCUGCCUGGUUACCACCUAAAACAUAGCUGCAGCCUUUUCCUGCCCUCCACCGCCACUCACCCAUAAACAGUUGGUGGACAUGGGAGGGGCAAUGGAUAUUCUGUGGUGGAUAGUCCUUAAGAAAGUUUUUCUGAGAUGAUCCCAGCUCUUCACUUAUUUUACCCAAAGACAGAGUAAUUGCAUAAAGCCAAGAAUCUGGCAUUUGAGGAUGAAAGCUAAAGCUAUAGUGUGACAUUGAUUCUGUCCCUAAGGAAAUCUAGAAUCUACUUUAAGUAAGUCUCUCAUCUGUGGCCAAGGGUACCGAAGAGAAUUUGGUGGCAACUUCCCCCAACAAAUGCUACUACUAGCUCUUGCCAUUUUUUGUCCCCAAUGUGUUGUCUAUAAGAGUUCCCUAUUUAUUCAGUAUUCUUCACAAAUGGAGUAGAAUUUAGUCACUCACUUAUUAGUACAUUGUGAUGGUUAAGGCUGUGUGUCAAGUUGGCUGGGCCAUGAUUCUCAGUGUUUUGGCAGUUGUAAAUGUUGUGAUCACUUCCCUGUUAAAAUUUGAUAUGUGAGCACCCCCGUGAUGGAAUCUGCUGAGUGGUACUGGCAGGGUCAGGGCCUGUGGCAGCUCACCACCCCAUCAGCCUUCAUCUCCCCACCCACCUCCACCUACUUCCUUCCUGCUCCCAUUGCUGGGGCUUUUGCUUGUUCUGGACCCUGCAGCUGGCUCCCUUUCAUCUGGCCUACGGUUUGGGGAAUUUAGACUAGCAGUUUGCCAGAGGUCUUGCUUGCCAUCAUCAAUCUUCACAGCCUGUGGCUGCACUGCUCUCUGGCCCGCUGAUCUUUGGUUCGCCAGCCCCUGCGGCUACGUGAAUCAGGAGAAUCCUUUCCUGCCUCAGAGACUUGUGACUUAAAGACUGUAAAAACUGUGUUGAUCCAUUUCCUUGAUAUAAAUCUUUAUAUGUAUAUAUACCCCCUUUACUGGUU